AUGCUCGCAAAUCGGAUUGGUUGGUUCUUUGGGCUCACAGGUCCAAGUGUGAACCUUGACUCCGCGUGCUCGAGCAGCAUGAUGGCCAUGGAUUUCGCUUGCCAGGCUCUGAGCAGUGGCGAUGCCUCCAUGGCACUCGUCGGCGGGUCAAACAACGGGCUUCCCGAAGCCAAGCCCGCAUCUAUCGUGUUCUUGCCACCAUGCCCAAGAACAAAUCCUCCGGUGGCAAUGCCUGCGCUGCCGACAACAAACCUGGCUACCGCCCCCGCCGAACCCGUUGUUCGUGCCAACAAAAUUGGAGUUCCAGCAGAAGGCCCUAACGCUGACUGGCUCCUCACGGGCGCAAUAAAUCCAGCUUGUGUUAUUGGACGACUUGAAACCUUUUUCCAAUCACUCCUCCUGGUUAUUACUUCCGAUGACUAUGAACCGGACGAACUCGAACUGGUUCCUGUCUAUACGCAGAGAAAUGGAAUCCUUAAAAAUCCUCCUGGACGUCCAUGCAAGGUUAUUAAACCUGCUCCGGCAGCUCCUGGCCUCCACUACAAACACGCCUGGUUACGAGCCUACGAGCCCGCGAGCCCGCGCUACUCUCUUUUGCACAAAGACUCCACUCCAGAAGCCACCGAAGCGAACCUUGCGCCUCCUCGACUAACCCCCAAAGCUCUUUACGAACAUUUCUACCAUACCGACAGCAAUGCAUCCCGGAUAUUAGCCAUCGCCAUUGGGCGCCUUCACUCGGGAGGAGAUGGCUCUGUCUCUAGCGCUACUAUCGAAAGUGACGCAGUAGACAGUCCUGCCUCCAACGACGUCCCUAUCAAUCCCACGCCCGCGUAUCGCAAAAAGCGAAAGGCCAACCUCUGUCUUUGCUGGUUCUUCCACGGAACGACGAAGUCUGACCUCCACUCCGGUCUUGAUGCAGACCCUUCUACCCCGAGUCCCAGACUCCCGCCGCCGCCACGCGAACCGUCUUUGGCUCUGACUCUGCCUGGCAGUGUCGAAGGCAGCGAUUUCUUGUGCAUCCCCUCGGUCGGCGCAUCAGCUUCAGUGCAGAACCCACUACUCUCAUCCAUCUACGCUGAGACGCUUCGGCUUCACGUGAAGUCGUACUUCGUGGCAAGCUCGCCGCACGCUGAUGUGGCGCUUGACAGGUGGUGGCUACCGGAAGGGGAGAUUGCUCUGGUCAACUCCAGCAUCUCGCACAUGGAUGAGAGAUUUUGGAAGGAGACUGCCCCGCUUAUCUUCGCCAUGCUCGAAGUUAAGGACUGCCACGAUUACAAGGGCUUCAUCAACAUUCUCCAAACCAUUGGUACCCAAAACCACAAGAAUAGCUUCAGGUUGGAACACACAAUCCUCUCCAACUCACACGAUGGCCCGUCAGGGCAUCACCAAGACUCUCGUCCGGUCCUCCACCAUCUCAGGCUGGCGCAACGACGCCGGCUUUCCAAGAUCCACGUGUUGAUGGAUAAGGUUGAGAAGGAGCUCAACAUAGAGCGGACCGCGAUUGCUGUAGGAAGCAGUACUUCUCGUGGCAGCAGUAGCUGGUCCGAGGAAUCUGACGAAGAUGAGAGUGACAACAAUGGUUCUCUCGCGUCCGAGUCAGAUGAUGACGAUGUUCGCGCUCCUGUCCUCCAUGACGAGAUGAGCGACGAUGAUACCGAUCCAGAUAAGGAUCUGGGCGAAGUCGAUACUCUUCUCGACGACUUAGAAGACAGGAUGGCCGACGAUCUCGGCUUCGAGAGCGACGACAGUCGUUUCGAUGACGAUGAUCCCGAAGCUAACCUCAAAUACUCCGAAGGCGGAGGCUUCGUGGAGGUUGAAGAUAGCGAAGAUGACUUCGCUGACUCCGAGCCUUCAGCCAUUUUAAGGAGAUGCUACAAGAGGAUGUUCCAGAGGAGGAGAUCUGGAAGCCAACGCUUCGUCUUCGGAGGAGGGGGGUGAAUUACUAAGAAGAAUG